AUGGACAUCUCAUAUUCUCAUACCCUCACUCUACUAGUUACAGGUCUUCUUCACCAAGACUUGGUUUUACCUAAUGGCGAAUGAACACCCAGUCCCCAUUAAACCUUUCGCCUGAUCCCUUUUCCAUUUGAACCAAAACCCCAGGGCAGAGUCCUGUUCAUCCUCACUCCAAGCGAGCAGGUGGGCGCCAUAUCCAAAUUUACCCGCCCCACUUUGCCAUCUGAGAUGAACAUCAGUCUUCGAUCCUUUCGGUACAGAGCUGAAAAUUAAUCCAUUUUUUUCCUGUUUAGGCUUACUAUGGGAUCGGCCCUUGUUCUUCAGCUUCCGCACUGCUCCCCCUUUUGUAACCCUCUCAAAACCCUAGUUCAUCUCGAAAUCCCCAAUUUGUUCAUCUAACAUCUAGCCGGCUUCUCAGGAGGAAGGGAAUUAAGAUGGCACAACCAUCAGUUUUGCUAGCAACAGCUAGUUAUGAUCACACUAUUCGGUUUUGGGAGGCGAAAAGUGCCCGCUGUUACCGGACCAUCCAAUACCCAGAAUCACAAGUUAAUCGGGUUGAGAUUACGCCGGACAAACAUUUCUUGGCUGCAGCAGGCAAUCCUCACAUCCGAUUGUUUGACAUCAAUUCUAACAAUCAUCAACCUGUACAAAGCUUUGACUCACACACUAGCAAUGUUAUGGCAGUAGGGUUUCAAUGUGAUGGUAACUGGAUGUAUUCUGGUUCUGAAGACGGCACAGUAAAGAUUUGGGAUUUGAGGGCACCAGGAUUUCAGAGAGAAUAUGAAAGCCGCGCAGCUGUUAACACAGUUAUUUUGCAUCCAAACCAGACUGAGCUUAUAUCUGGUGACCAGAAUGGAAAUAUUAGAGUCUGGGACUUGAAAGCAAAUGCAUGCAGCUGUGAAUUGGUUCCUGAGGUGGAUACUGCUAUUAGGUCUCUGACUGUAAUGUGGGAUGGAAGCUUGGUUGUGGCUGCGAACAAUCAUGGAACAUGUUAUGUUUGGCGUUUAUUGCGUGGAACUCAGACCAUGACCAACUUUGAGCCCUUACAUAAGUUACAAGCGCAUGAUGGAUACAUCCUCAAAUGUCUUCUUUCCCCUGAGCUGUGUGAACCUCACCGGUAUCUGGCAACUGCAUCUUCUGAUCAUACCGUCAAAAUAUGGAAUGUGGACGGAUUUACCUUGGAGAAAACUCUCAUAGGACAUGAGCGGUGGGUUUGGGACUGUGUUUUCUCCGUGGAUGGUGCUUUUCUAAUCACAGCAUCUUCGGAUAGCACGGCAAGAUUGUGGUCACUGUCAACUGGUAAAGACAUCAAAGUGUACCAAGGGCAUCACAAGGCAACAGUCUGUUGUGCCCUCCAUGAUGGCCCUGAACCUUCUUACUGAACGAGGAUCAACGUUCUUCAUAUAUGUAUAUAUUUAUUUAUACACCCUUUUUUUCGUGUUUGUGAUGUUUGCGUGUUCAUCUUGUUCUCUUGAUGAUCCGUUGAUCCAUAUUUUUCUGUAUUGAUAUGGACAUUUUAUAUUUUUGUAUAGGCCAUGGGGUUGUUUUUUCCUUGGCAACAAAUAAAAUUUUGGUUAGUCUAGUCUCUUCAGACCCUACUUAUGUGGGAUUCUACUUUGACAAACUGAGUUAUUUUGUUGUUUACUUGCAUAUGAGCAACAAUGAAUUGCAGUCCCUAUU